AGUCAUUUCCUCAACCUAUAGACCGAAAGAGCUCUGAUUUCUCACCAAACACCUGCUGCUGAACAGGACCUAGCAUCACCCUUCCCUGAGACAAUGCCUGUGUUUGAGGAUGUCACCCGGGCCCUGGUUAGAGAGCUGAACCCUCGAGGGGAUCUGACACCCCUAGACAGCCUCAUCGACUUCAAACACUUUCGUCCCUUCUGCCUGGUGCUGAGGAAGAGGAAGAGCACAUUGUUCUGGGGAGCCCGCUAUGUGCGCACCGACUACACUCUCCUGGAUUUGCUGGAGCCGGGCAGCUCCCCCUCAGAUCUGACAGACAGUGGCAACUUUAGCUUUAAGAAUAUGCUGGAUGUCCAAGUACAGGGACUUGUGGAAGUGCCAAAGACAGUGAAGGUAAAGGGGACUGCGGGUCUGUCACAAAGCAGCACACUGGAGGUGCAGACACUCAGCGUGGCUCCCUCGGCUCUGGAGAACUUGAAGAAGGAGAGGAAACUGUCAGCAGACCACUCGUUCCUGAACGAGAUGAGGUAUCAUGAGAAGAACCUGUAUGUGGUGAUGGAGGCAGUAGAAGCCAAGCAGGAAGUUACUGUGGAGCAAACUGGCAACGCAAAUGCCAUCUUCUCUCUCCCCAGCUUGGCUCUACUGGGACUACAGGGAUCCUUGAACAACAACAAGGCUGUAACCAUCCCCAAGGGCUGUGUCCUGGCCUAUCGAGUGAGACUACUGAGAGUCUUUUUGUUCAAUCUUUGGGAUAUUCCGUACAUUUGCAAUGACAGCAUGCAAACCUUCCCUAAGAUCAGGCGUGUACCUUGCAGUGCCUUCAUAUCUCCUACCCAGAUGAUAUCUGAAGAGCCAGAAGAAGAGAAGCUCAUUGGGGAGAUGCACGAAGACUUCAAGACAUUAAAGGAAGAGGUUCAGCGAGAGACUCAAGAAGUGGAGAAGUUGAGUCCAGUGGGUCGAAGCUCCCUACUCACUUCCCUCAGCCAUCUCCUAGGAAAGAAGAAAGAGCUCCAGGACCUUGAGCAGAAGCUUGAAGGGGCUUUAGACAAGGGUCAGAAAGUGACCCUGGAAGCACUCCCCAAAGAUGUCCUGCUGUCAAAGGACGCUAUGGAUGCCAUCCUCUACUUCCUCGGGGCUCUGACAGAGCUAACUGAAGAACAACUGAAGAUUCUAGUAAAAUCCUUGGAGAAAAAGAUCUUACCAGUGCAACUGAAGCUGGUUGAAAGCACCUUGGAGCAGAACUUCCUGCAAGAUAAAGAGGGUGUUUUCCCCCUGCAACCUGAUCUGCUCUCCUCCCUCGGGGAGGAGGAACUGACCCUAACGGAAGCACUGGUGGGACUAAGCGGCCUGGAAGUCCAGAGAUCAGGCCCCCAGUACGCGUGGGAUCCAGACACUCGCCACAACCUUUGUGCCCUCUAUGCUGGCCUCUCCCUCCUUCACCUGCUAAGCAGGAAAUCUAAUGCACUUACUUAUUGUGCUCUAUCUUAACACUCCAAGACACUACAGAGCCUCCAGUCUGAGGAUAACUGAAAUGCCUGCUCAUCUUGCCUCUCGAUAUGUCUCUCUCCUUCUGUCCUCCAGCUCAGCACCCACUAAGCCCAUCUCCUGAUGCUUAAAUCCUGAAGUUACUGAAAGAUCCCGAGAGAGAGAGUAAAACAUUAUGUAAGCCCCUAGACUUGUGUCCAAAAUAGACCUCACUAAUGGCAGGGAGUAAAAGUUAAACUCGGGGCUGGAGAGAUGGCUCAGCGGUUAAGAGCACUGACUGCUCUUCCAGAGAUCCUGAGUUCAAAUUCCAGAGAUCCUGAGUUCAAAUCCCAGCAACCACAUGGUGGCUCACAACCAUCCAUAACAAUAUCUGGCGCCCUCUUCUGGAGUGUCUGAAGACACCUACAGUGUACUUACAUAUAAUAAAUAAAUAAUUUUAAAAAAAAGUUAAACUAGUCCCAUUGUUCCAGGAUGUACUGGCCACAAAGUAGAAGUUUAACUUGCUCCAUUGUUUCAGGAAAUGUUUGUACAGAAUACUCCUUGAACCCUUAUGCUUGCCAAAUGCUAUAGCCCCAUGCCAGGUGUUUGCGGUUUCUGCCUUUAUAAACCCCUGACCCCUUGAGCUCGGGUCGACUCCUCUACCCCUGCGUGUGAUACAAGUUGUCCCCAGUGCACUGGCCUUUCCCGAUUAAACCUCUUGCCGUUUGCAUCAAGA